AUUACUGACUGACUUUUGACGAAUUUGUAUUCAAAACUCCAAGUAUGUUUUAAUUAAGGAUAUAUUGCUUUAAAAGAAGUUGAAUAAAUAUAAAGCAUUGUUUUGGUCCAAUUCUCGGUCGUACAAAUCAUGUCAAGGAUACUAAGAAAGGAAAUCUUUUGUGGAUUUGGUGGACUUCGUCCAAAUGUAUACAAAUCAGAUAUAAUGUCUCUAAAAAGAUUUUCUGCUUCUUACGAGCCAAGUCAAUCUGUUGUACAGGAAUCCAAAGCUCGAUUGAUGCAAGCUGGAUAUGCGCCUGAAAAAGCGAGAGCAUUCACAAAAUUAAUGCAAAGAAUUACUGCAGAAGCAUUGACUGAGUUGGAAAAAAACAUUGGAUUUAAGACGAAGCAAGAGUCUGUGUCUUUUCAGCAGAAAAAGACGUUUAUUCAAAUCAGAAAGUAUUUAGAAGCCAUUGAAGAGCAAGAGUUUGACAAAGUUAGGAGGAACUCGCAAUCGCUCGUAGGGGAAGUUGAAAAAAUGAAAUCGUCUGUCCGGGACGAUGUCAAGACAUCACUAGCAGAAGUACGAUUAACUCUUAACUUGGAAAAAGGACGAAUGAAAGAUACAGGGAUUAAGAGAAACAAUUCGGUUUAUGACACGGAGCAAAAGAUAUAUAAGGAAGUAGAGCUAUUAGCUGAUGAAAUCAAGAGCAUGAAGGUUCAAACUAAUCAGUGGUUUAUGGGAUUUUUGGGAAUUCUGUCAUCGGUUCUACUUGCAAUUUUAUUUUACUUUUAAUUGAAGUACCUGUACUUUAGCACGCAAGAAGAUUUAUUGAUAUACUCUAUUUUUUUAUGAAACGAAACCCCCAAAAGCCUAGUCUUAUUGCUAGAAUAAAAAUAAUUUAUCAUAUAUUAUAUUUUUGAAAC